AUGGUUGUGUAUAACCAUGUGCCUCUCUCUAGUCCCCGCUCAAUCCGCAUCCUCACGCUUCAUCCUGCUGCUGAUCGUAGUGCUAUCAUAUCAUGUGAUCUGAACGAGGUCUCUAUGGAUGAAAAGCCCCGUUACAGCGCUCUCUCCUAUACCUGGGGAGGAGAGUCAUUGAUUUUCCCCGUCCACUGCGCUGGAGCUCUCUUACUGACGACUCGGAACUGCCUUGAUGCUUUAAUACAAUUAAGAGGGCAUGAAACGCCGAAAGUGCUGUGGAUCGAUAGCCUUUGUAUUGAUCAGACAUCGACGACAGAGGCAAUAGCAGAGCGAAGCCAGCAGAUUAUAAUGAUGGGUGAGAUAUACAAGAAUGCGUACUCCGUCAUUGCUUGGUUAGGGGCGAGCGACGGACCUGUUAUCAAUGCAAUGUUGCUCAUAGAACAUUUGAUGACCAGAGUCGACGUCAUUCACGCAGUGGAUAGAUUGAAACAAACUAUAGGUGCGCUAGGUUCUGGAAGCUACUACUUUGGAGGUUGGAAAGAAGCAAUGCUGUUGCAAUUCUAUCUCACGGGCUUGUUGAGCGCCGAGCGAGACCUCUCGAUCCGUGAAUCCUUCUCGAGUAUAGGAGAUGGCACGCCCACGAAACCCCGCGCUUCUCAUGUUCUCGGAUUUGCGCGACAGAAAGGAGCAAAGUGUGAUAAGGACAGAGUUUUCGCACUUUUGAGCAUUCUCAAGGAAUUGAAGUAUGAAACCUUCAAGCCUGAUUAUAACAUGUCUACCGAAGAGAUAUAUAGGAAAUCAGCUUUAAUGGCGAUUGAGAAUGACCACGACCUAAUGAUACUCUUCCAGGUCCCAAGCGAUAGUCGAAGACCCGGACUGUGUUCUUGGGUACCUGACUGGACUGAUUUAGGAUACCAAGACUCAGACCUAAGAACAGCCAUCGAACGUGGUCAAUUUGCUGCUGCGGGGCCAUCGAAUAGUUCCUGGAGUUUCUCCGAAGAUCACCUUUGCCUUAACCUAUCUGGGAAGCUCAUCGACUCAAUCGCACACAGGAGUGGUGUAAUCAACAUGAUGCGAGGCAAAGAGCUUUUCACAGCGCAUUCCACAGCUGUCAACGUAGGGGUAGAUCACGAUGGUCCCGGCCUCGCCGCGGGUACUACCAUUCUGCGGGAGACCAACAGGGCGAUUGAGAUCUUGAAAAGUUGGAUAGAGAUUGCUUCGCGACAUGCAGAGUACCCUACUGGCGAACCUAUCAGGACAGCUUUGCGACGAACUAUGACUUAUGACAUCCCUCAGGAGAACGGAGUGGAGAACAUUGGGGAAAUCUUUGAUGCGUGGUACAACAUCAUGACGGCGGAUGAACUCGACGUCGGGGCUAUGGCACUUGGCAUAGUCCGGACGGGAGGAGGGAUUCUCCCAAAAAUGGUCAAGGACGCUUACCUGAGGAAACGCAUGCAGCGUGUUCCAGAGGAGCAAAGGAUCCUUAGGGCACUUAUGUAUGAUGAUCGUGUGAUAAGGUAUACCUCGAUCGCUGCAACGGCUUCAAAGGGGAAAUGCUUUUUCACUACAGAAAGAGCGUAUAUGGGCACAGCUCCUGAUUUCGUACAAGUAGGUGAUCGAAUCGCGCUUGUGGCGGGUUUGAGUAUGCCACUGAUUUUGCGACCUGUGUAUGGAGGAUAUCAACUCAUCACUCAUGCUUAUGUCCAUGGCAUGAUGUACGGAGAAACUUGGCCUGAAAACCCCGCUGAGCUCAGCUACAUCACGCUAGUUUGA